AUGAAGAAGAUUUUCUGUAUUACAACAGAAAAGGAUUUUAUGGUGGUGUGCGAUAACAAAAUGCGUAUAAGAAGUAUUGAUGCGAGAUAUUCCGGAUCCAAUCACGACUCGCAUAUAUGGGGUUUGAGUAAACUGCGAUUUUAUAUGGAACGGCGAUAUCGGGAAGGUGAAAGAAACACCUGGUUGUUAGGCGAUGCGGGGUACCCUUUGGAGCCCUGGCUAAUGACUCCAUAUCGGUCUGUAAGUGAAGGCACCCAACACAGCAAUUACAACAUGCGCCACUCCAGAACUAGAAAUAUAGUGGAGCGCACUAUCGGAGUCUUGAAAAACCGUUUCCGAUGCUUGUUGGGUGCACGGAAACUGCAUUACUUACCGAAAAAAGUCAGUUAA